UCCUAGUUCAUAUGUUUUUGACGAUACUCAUGCGCGCACACGAAAAGUAUAUGGAACAAGAAGGUGUCAGUUCGAACUGUACGACAAAUUUGUUGACGACGAAAGAGAUUACACAAAUUCAACAAAAUGUGUUCCCCACAAACAAUCAAUAGUUUAAUCUCCGUCCCGACGAUUCGAAUUCAUUGUGAUCACUCACAACAACAAAAAGAAAAGAGAGAAGAAUGAUCUAGAUAUACAUCUAGCUAGUUAGGCUUUGGAUCCUCAAUAAUAUAUAUAUACAAUACAAGUAACAUGCAUGGCAAAUAGCUAUAUUUAUCUAAUAUAUUUUCUCUCUGGUGUGGAAAUCGAAUCUCGAUCCACUGCUUAUUAACACCUCAAAUCCCCCAAAUAGCUUUCUGCUGCCUCCACAGUCCACGCUUUACAAAUCUCUGCUGGUAUACUGAAACCUCACUGCUGAAAUCCGUGGGUCAAACCCAUCGGCCAGACCUCCCAGCUAGUUGACGGAGGGUAGAAGUUGGACGACACUUCCAAUUUUGGUGGGCGGCGGCGGUUCCUUCUUUUAUUGGAUCAGUGAAAACAAAGGGCGGACUGCGGUGGCGCAAAUUGCUCGUCUCCUCCGCAUUAGCCGUCUCUGUAUAUCUGAGUUGGAGCGGUGGGAUCGUGGGGAGACGGUGGCGGGGACCCACUUUCCCAGAAUCCACUAUGCCUUUUCCCCUCCCCAAAAUAAACUUUUCUUUUGCCUUUUCUUGCAUGGAACUGGAUGCAACAGCAGAUUCCCUAAAACGAACAAAUUUUCCCACCACCCUCUCUCUCUCUCUCUCUCCGUCUUCUCUUCCUUCUCUUCAUCAUCGUCUCAUUGGCAUUUUUACAUUCCCAUUUAUUGUUAUCAGGAAUACUAAUUUAUUAUCACUUUUGACUGCUCACAAAACCACACUUGAUUCUUAGUCCAUCCCUCUUUCUCUCUGUCUCUCUCUAUCGCUUUCAUUCUCUGCCGGCUUUCUUCUUCCCGAAGUUCAUUCCUUUCUCGAAUUUUAAUCAGGACCCAAGUCAAGGGGAGGGAUCGGUGCUUCUUGUCUCCUUGCUCUAAUCUCUCAACUGGGUCGGUCCUGAAAUUGGCUGAUUGGCUUUUCUCCUGCCUCCAAUUUCUCAGGUGAGCUGUCACAGGAAGGAGAGCAGAGUUUCUGUUCUGCUGUUUGCUCUCUCUUCUGAUUCUUCUUUUUGGUUAGAUUGCUCUCGCGCUUGGUGUGUGUGAAUUUUUCAUCGCUUUCAGUGUGAAAUUGUGACUGGGGUUUGAUUUGUCUCACUUGGUGGUUGGUGAUUCCGGAUUAGGUAGUGAAUGAUUUGGGGCGUUUUGUGAUUCUUCUGGACAUCGCUUUUGAAGCAGAUGUUUCCUUUUUUAUGGGAAAAUCUGAGAUUUUAGGCUUCUCGCUAUCUAGGGACUGCGGUUUAAUAAUCCCUAUAAGGAAUUGAAGUAUGAAUAUUUCCUUUUCUUCUCUGGGCAGUUGUUGGUUCUGGUUUUCCCUUUCUCUAGUCUUUGGUUUGUGAAAGUUAGCAACUUUCUAGUUUCCGAGUACAGCCGAGUGAACUUGGCUUUCUUGUUUUGUGGUUCAAAGAACUUGACUUUAGAGCUAGUUUGUACAUAAUUUAAGAAUUAAGGUCAACGUUCAAGGGUUUUUUAUUCUCUCACCUUGUCAAGGAAGAGCUUGUUCAUGGACGAACUUGCACGUUUCAGUCUUGACAGCUUGAGAAUGGUAGAAUUCAGCUCUGUCAAACUUGUUUGGUAGAAGCUUCUCUUGUUCAACAUCAUUUCUCUUCCAUAAUGUGUUCCGUUAGCCUUGCUUCAAAUCUUAGGAUUGUGUUAUUUUACUCAUAACUUCUUUCUCAAGUCUUGUUUGAUCUGGGUUGUCAAAUUAUGUCUGCAUUCAACAAAACUCAAUGAUGAUGGAAUCAUUUGGAAGGAAUUUCUGGUGUACAAGGGCAUUGGUGGAGUGUAUUGGAAAGAAAUGAGCUAGCUUUUUUAUAGUCCAGGGGGAAAUGUAAUCUAGAGAGUAUUCUCUGCGUGCGGUGAUUGAUCUUUUGAUAUUAGAUGUUCUCAUUCUUGUUUGGCUAGCCAUUUUUAUACUGUUUCAUUCAUGGGAAUGUUCUUUUUGGGGUUUCAGGAAAACGUUUGAGCUGAUUGUUUGGGCAUCCGGAAAAUGGGGGGUUCAAACUCUAAAGUAGAAGAAGACAAAGCUCUACAGCUUUGCCGCGCAAGAAAGAAGUUCGUCAGGCAAGCACUUGAUGGUAGAUGCUCCCUUGCCGCUGCUCAUAUUGCAUACAUUCAGUCCCUAAAAACUACAGGAAUCGCAUUAAGAAGAUUAGUAGAACCAGACCUUCUUCCAACUGAAUCAUCACUGUACACCUCCACUAGUGCAACGCCCGAGCCACACGUUGUAACCGAGAAGUCCUACUCACACUUCUCCCUCUCUCCAACAUCUCUAUCCCAUCCUGGGGAUGGAACAAAUGAAAACCUCUCUAGAUCCCCUACUCCCCCUAGCUCUCGUAGGUUUCAGGUUCACCAUAUGAAGUUCAAAGGCUUCCCUUCUAGAAAGGUCGAAGAGAAGCCUCCUGUUGCCGUUACAGCCACAGUGACCUCAUCAAGCACCCCACAGGAUGCAACACCACCACAGUCCGCCGAAAAGCCAGAAGCAAUACCACCCUUUGAACCUCCUCCAUCUGCUACGCCUGGAACUCCACAAUGGGAUUACUUUCAGCUUUUUCAUCCAAUCGACAAUGAGUUCUCUUUCCAAGAUGGGCAGGAAAAUGGAAAUAGUCAUGGCUUUGAGCAUGGUGAUGACAUGGCACGGCAUAGGGAGGAGGAGGGGAUUCCUGAGCUGGAAGAUGAGGAAGAAGAUAAGGGUUCAUUUCGUGGGACUGAUGAUGGAUAUGAUGACUCUGAAGAUGGAUUUGAUGAUGACCCUCCUCCCACAGAGAGACUUGUGCGGAGUUAUCAGAAUGUCAACAGGGUGCAUGAUCAUGUCAGUGCUUCGCCUACCGUGCCUUCUGCACGAAGUGUAGCUUCCGAAGGGGGGUUGUUGAAUGGGGAGAAGAGUAACUCGCCUUAUUUAUCGCCGCUAAGAACUCCUUCCUCAACUGUUGUUGCUUCAGCUGAGAAAAAGAAAACACCUGUGAAAGAAGAUCAGAAUGAGAACAAGGUUACUCCUAAGGACUUCUUUUCGAGCAUGAGAGAUAUCGAGUAUCUGUUUAUAAAGGCUUCUGAGUCUGGGAAAGAAGUUCCAAGGAUGCUCGAAGCAAAUAAAUUUCACUUCCGUCCCGUAGCUGGAACAAAAGAUAAUGGGUCAGUCGCUUCCACUUUUCUGAAGGCGUGUUUUUCUUGUGGGGAUGAUCCUACACAUGUGCCAGAAGAACCCGUCCAAGAUGCUGUGAAGUACCUGACUUGGCAUAGGACAACUUCUUCACGAUCAUCAUCAUCUAGAAAUCUUCUCGGAAUGAAUGCUAAAGAUGAUGCAGAGGAUCUCGCUGGUAAUCUCUUUGAGAAUUUCUGUAUGAUCUCUGGCAGUCAUGCUUCAACGUUGGAUAGACUGCAUGCUUGGGAGAGAAAACUUUAUGAUGAAGUAAAGGCCAGCGAAAUGGUCAGGAGGGAAUAUGACGCUAAAUGCAGGUUCUUAAGACAGCUGGAAUCGAAAAAUGAAAGUUCGUAUAGAAUCGAUAAAACCCGUGCCAAUGUUAAGGAUCUACAUUCGAGAAUCAGGGUUGCGAUUCAAAGAAUCGAUUCCAUAUCAAUGAGGAUUGAGGAAUUACGUGACAAAGAGCUUCAGCCGCAACUCGAGGAGUUGAUUGAGGGGCUAAGCCGAAUGUGGGAAGUGAUGUUCGAAUGCCACAAACUGCAGUACACAAUCAUCACCAUAGCAAACACGAACGCCAAAAUCUCCCUGCAGUCUGAAUCUCGCCGUCAGAUCACUCUCCACCUCGAAACCGAGCUCGGCUCACUGUCAUCUACAUUCACAAAGUGGAUGAAUUCCCAAAAAUCCUACCUCAAGUCCAUCAAUGACUGGUUAUUCACCUGCGUGGUGCUUCCAGAGAAAACCUCCCGGCGUAAGAAGCGAGCCCCAAACCCUUCCUCCACACUGAGACACUUUGGGGCCCCAAUCUACGCCACGUGUGGGGUAUGGCUCGACAAGCUCGAGUCUUUACCAGCCAGAGAAGUAGCCGACUCGAUAAAAGGUCUGACCACCGAGACAAGCCGGUUCAUACCUCACCAGGACAGGAAGCAAGGGAAGAAGAUGGCGACAACAACCGAGUUGCCACCAUCGUGGAAGGGCGACAACGAUAACAGGAGCGAUGACGUGGCAGCAGAUGAUGAUAAUGGCGGUCCUCGCGGUUCUGAGCGAUUCAGGUCGAGCUUGGAGGGGUUCAUCGGCCAGCUCAGUAAGUUUGCAGAGUUGUCGGUGAACAUGUAUAAAGAGGUCGAGAAGGCGAUCCAGGAUGCGAAGCAUCAGUUCGAGGUGAACUCGCAGAUGCAGACUCAAACUGGAUAGUCGGAUCCUGGCUGGGUGAGAAGAUUCAGAAAGGUACAUUGGUUUGAGUCGGAUCGUGCCAAAUUGCAAUCAUCAGUUUGCGCAACUCUCUGAGCUCAGCUUGAACUGCUUCCGAAUGGGCAACGUAAACCCCAAUCCGGAAGGGAAUCGGAUCGAUCAAUUCAGAACAGGUAGAACGGUUGAUGUGUAGCAAGCAAGGAACCGAUAGCUUGGGCGCCAAGUAUUGAUACAGCAAGGCCUAUGCGUUCUUUGUUGGGCCAGUGAAAGUUAAUGAAACAAGCUAGGCCCAAUAAUUGAACUAUUUCGGCCUACCUUAAGCGCCACAGCCCACGGUCACUGGGGUGAAAGGGGCAAUCCGAAUAUAUUGGGCGGGAAAACUCUGUCAAUUGUGUCAACGUGCAUAGUUAGGUCAAAGAAGGACACAAUUGUAAAUGACACCAAAUUGUAAUUAACCAUCCAUUUCUUAAGCAGCCCAAUUCCUCAACCAUCAAAUCCUAAUAUCAAGUAAACCAUUGUUGUCAUAAGCGACGAUAUCGCGAUGUAAUCUUUAGCGAUAUUGACUCAACAGACAACAAUAGCAUAACUAACCAUCAAACCCUAAUAUCAAGUAAACCAUUUUUGGUUUCGAAACCAAAAAUACAUUCGCCAAAUCAUUCAUCCAAGUUUUAAUCAAAUAUCAGAUCGUUAGGUGGCUGAGACCAUUGGCUUGAAUUACCUCUGAAUGUUCGUCCUUAGCCUGAUUACCUGCCCGGUUCAGAACAGCAACGGAUCCAGGAUUUAGUAGAGCACUAGGCCGCAUUUGAAUAAAAAAUUUGAUAUUAU